AUGGACAGUCCGCGCCGCAGUCCACGCCCUGAGCUGGACACGGCUCAAGAGCUGCUGCUGCAUCACAAGCCAGCGCUAACCGGUCAUGUGUCACAGCUUGACAGCACUCGUCAGCACCAACAGCACCCUACCUCUCCAUCCGAACCUCCGCCGAACCACCCGUUCAACCUCAACUUUCCAACCUUGGACGUGGACGGCUCUGUGUCUUAUAUCACCGCCCAUCAGACGAGGCGUUACCCUCCUACGCCGCCUGCCGCCCUGAGCUCCCUAGGAGCAAAGUCAAAGAUGGAUCGUGCAGAGACCGCGAGCGAGUCAGAGGGCUCCUUCGCCGAUAGUCAAUACGACAUGCUCGACGACAUGUCCGAGAUCUCGACCGACGAUCAUGAGACAGCAAGCAUCACCUCUAAUAAUGGCGAUGACGGACAACUCACCCCAGACGACGCUGGCAGUGAGGCAGACCCUGAAGAGUCUCUUAUCUCCUUCGAGGACGAGACUCAGUUGCCUACCCCUCCAAGCACGGAAGCAUCAUAUGUCAAUCUACCUACGCAAGCCGAAGACGUUCCCUCGCUUCGCUCUCUGAGCUCGAACCUCCGUCAGAAGCAGAAGGCGGAGAAUGACCUGAUCGACAGCUACAUGUCUGAAGACAUGGAGACUCCACGCCAGUCGACCAUGCCGAGUGCCCAGCCCAGCAGCUGGUACCGAUCGAAGGGUAAAGAGGUUUUUGAUAGACCAAGCAACACUCAAUCGCCAACGAUCCAGGAGGAUGGCACCGAGCCUCGCAACAUCCUCUUCGUAUCAGAGCAUGAUGUACCCCAAUUCGAAAUGGACAAGAUCUGUAUCAAGAUCGACACGAGCAUGAUGUCGACAGAUGAAGUAAGUGCUUCCUCGAAGAGAGUCAUCCGCCUCCCAGCUCCACCCUCUGGUAUUGGCCUGCCGAGUGCCACUGCUGUCUAUGGUCGCGAUAGAAUCUCGGCCACGCUCCAGCACUGUGUUGGUGCAGAAGUUCGCUCGCCCGGCUCUUACAAGCUGCGAGUCAUGGACUUCGACGGCCAGCACAGCUCGUUCUACACCAUCGGGCAAGAUGCGAAGAUAGAUUUGCGGAAGCCCAACGUUGCAGUCUUCUAUGUGGUCAACUCCGAGCCUGAAGGCCGCUACUCGACAUGGCUUGACAACGCAUUCGAUGCCAUUAAGACCUUGAACGUCCCAAUUGUGGCUAUUCUGGGUUCAAACCUCAAUGCUACCGCCAAGCAGUCGUGGUUUGAGCGUUCUCGAGGAUCGAAGCGGCAGACUCAGUUGUAUCUCGGUCUCAUGGACUUCCUCCACAGCGAUAUUACAUCAAUCUCCAAGGCUGAAAAGCGUCUUUCAAAGCGCGAUAUCUUCUCCAAGACUCCCGGAUCGAAGAAGGCUGAUCUGAAGGAGAGACGUGCUGCCGAUGUUAGCUGGUUCAAGCUCUUGUCCAUGUUCCUCGUCGCUGUGGUGCCUUAUCUGCUCAUGCCCUUCAUUCGCUCCAGCUCGGCCCCCGUACUGGACACGGCUAUCCGGCGAGAAGGCUUGAGCGUGGCACUCGAGAAGAUUUCACCUUCGAUUGCCGCUGGAGCCGUGAACAUCGAUCAUCUCCUCCCUGAGCCAGACUCCGCUUGCGUCUCUAGGGGAGGCUUCUUUGGAGACGCUCGAAAUGGUCCCAUCUGCAACCAGCAGCCUCGCCAUCAGGGGUUGACGCCAAACCACAUCCUCGUGUCUUUGCCCACCAUACCACGAGACCUCUUGACGAGCGUUUCGAAGAGCGGUGGUCGCGAAAUCGCCUUCAAUCAGACUAUGCUCAUCGACGGCGUGUGGGACGUUACCAUCGACCCUGAGGAAGCUUACGGCACCGUCAAUGUUAACAUGCGCACUCACAAGCCGUCCACGAAUGUCACCGCGUCUCAUAACUUUGGUAGCAGAAUGCUUCAGCGCAAGACGUAUGAGAAAGCCAGCACCGAUGUCGGUAAAGCGGUUGGCAAAGACGUUGCCGUCAUGCGUGAUGCCGCUCAGAGCCUGCAAUCGAAGUUGUCUACGGAGGUUGGUGCUGGCAUGUCCGCAACGAAGAACAUGACCACUCAGCUUGCCCUGUACAUGGCUCGCGACCUUCAAGUCAUCGGCAACAAGGCAGUGUCUCUGUUCGGCCAGCUUGCAGAGGCGAGCAACCAGACUGCCGCGGCCUUCAGCAAGGACUUCAUCCUCGUGCAGCGAGAUCUGGUCAAGUUCACCAAGGACCUUUCGACUAAAGUCAAGUCCAAGGUGGAGUCGGCUAAGAGCAGCUCGAAGGCACUCAUCAGAAGCCCACUGGUACUGUCGCGAGAUAGGCUCCUCGAGUUGAAGAAAGCAUUCGCCAACAGGAAGAAGGUGAAGAGCGGGAGCGACGCCAGCCCCUGCCGUCGUCGAAGCCUCAAGGACCACAUGAAGAGCUUCAAAUCCAACAAGGCCCUCUCCGUUGUACCAGAGUCCGCACCGCCCAGCGUCACCAACAACGCAGAGCACGUCUCCCAGAAGGCGAAGCUAAAGAAAGCCACCCAACAGCUGGACGCCCUCACGAAGCGCGUCAAGCGUCAAGGCGAAGACCCCGGCAAGAAGAUGCCACGCACCGAGUUCCGCAAGCUGAAGAAGGACGCGAAGCGUCAAGAGAAGUUGGUCAAGAAGAUGCGUGCGGAGAUGCAAGGCGGUGCACCAUGA